AUGUAAACCAAUUAUUCACCUCCUUCAACUCCUUCAAACAUCUUUGAAAAACUUAAACAUUAUAGAAAAAGCUAAAUGUCCUCUGUUUUACGAAAUCUAUUAAACAGUCCUCCAAGCAGACCAACCACUAUGUAAAAACCCUAACUUAAGUUACAAUCCUUCUCAUAGAGGACAUCACCAAUUCCAAAAGAUUUGUCAGUAUUUGAAAGAACUCAAGAUCAGACAGUCAAACAUUUAGACUUCAGUCAUCUCCAUGAGUUUGAGAUCAGAACACCAAAUAUGACUCCCCAUUCACCUUUAAACUCAAAAAAUCAGAUGAGUAGAGUAUUAAAUUUAUGUGAUUCUUUUUCAAGGAACAAAAAAUGAACUCUUUCAUCAAUUCAUAAAGGUACAACAAGAAUGACAAGAGAUACAAUAUCGUCCUAUUUUUUGAAGAGAAUUCUCUCGUUUUUUAGGAUAUAAUUCGAAGAAAGGAUGCUGAGCGAAUUGUCAAUUUAUUUUAAACUCCUAUGCUCUUGGCAUAAUAAGAGAAUGUAUUCAAUUAAUUUAAUUCUAUAUAGUUAACUUAGACCUUUUCAGAAAUGAUCUUGUUUUUAGCCACAUUCUUUCUGGAUUGCUAAGAAUAUUCAAAAGCUACAUUUUUUCUUAAGGAUUGCUAUACUCUUUCAAAUUUAACUCGUAAUCCAUUAUUAAAAGUCAAAACUCUAUUAGUUUUAGCAUAAUGUGCUAAACAGUAAAAUAUAGUAUAUUUAUAGGUAUAAGUUAUUUGACUAACAAAUUCUUAUAGUCUAAAAAGCCCUAAUGUACACAUGGGCAUUUGAUUACCAUGAUUUAGAAAUUCAAUGUUAUGAUGCUAUGGGAAUUGCAUACUUUUAUCAAGGCAAUAUUUAAAGAGCUGAAUUUUAUCAUUAGAAAUGGACCAGUGGAUUUUUAGAAUCACCAAAGUCAUAUUAUAGGAUUACAGCAUUAGAAUUUAUUUCGAUGUUUGAGAAAACACUACCAACUAAAGCUAUUGACUUUAUGUCUUCUAUUCAAGGAUCAAUUAGUAUCCCAUUCAUUAACAUUGCGAAUGGAAAGUAUUAUGAUGAUAAAAGAUUUAUUAAGUAUAAUAAUUGCAAUCCUAUUGAAAUUAUUACAACUCUUGUGGCAGCUAAAGAAUUCAAAGAAUUCAAUUUAGUUCAUCAUGAAUAGACGUAAGCAAUGAAUACAACACAUUAGAGACAACCAAAACUACCAAAAAAGAUACUUGAAAUAACAGAAAAAUAUCAUAAAAACAAAGAAUUAUAUGAGUUUGAUCAUAAAAUCUAUGAUAAUCCAAAAUAUAAAUUAUCUUUAUAAUAAUAGGUAGAUCAUAGAAUAACAUAAUCAUUUUCAUUGGAAUAAGUAAAUAUAAACAUUCGUAAGUUUAUUUCAACUUAAAGAGAACCAUUUAUCAAAGCAUAACAAAUCUAUAUAAGAGCAAAUAAUAUUUAAAAAGAAUUCAUCCCUGCUUUUGUAGUUAGAUAUAAAAAAAUGCUUUUACAGAUAUUAAAAUGA